GUGAAUGGAGCGUGUAGUGUCUCGUGUUAUGUAAAAAAUAAUGAUCAUAAAUACAAAUGAUGGUCAUUCGUAAUAGUGAUUAUAAUUAUUAUAUCGUAUUAAAUUUACUCGGGUUAUAGGCCGUGCUUUGACGUUUGAUUUUAUCGUGGUAAUUUGUGUUCUGCGUAUCGCUUUGACAUUCGCCAGUUAAACGUUUGGCGGGAAGACGUUCCAAAUUCGGAUUUUACUUUUUUUUCGUCAGUGCUAUGAUGUGCUACGGUUUUGUUGAUUGAUGUUAACGAUUGCGUUCUUUGUUAGUGCGGUUUUUAUUUAUUAUAUAUUUAAGUUAUUCGUUAACAAGGAUAAGGAGAAAAAUAUAAACAAUAUGGAGCAAGAGGAACAACGGCAUUCAUCCAGCGAAAGCGACAACUUUGAAAAUAUUGACUCUGAAGAUAUAACAGCUGACGGUGCUUGUCCCCCGGGCGAUGCUCGUUUCAUCGUUGGUGACGAAGAAGUUCAAGAUGAGGGACCCUCUCACGAGGGUAGGGACUCCUUCCCCAACGCACCACCACCCAACUUGAAGCCCAAGCUGACCGUGGCACAGCAGCUCGCUUUGGCUGAGAAACGGAGCAAGUUGCGGCCGUCGAUGUCCCAGGGUACUGUGAUCCACAGUCAGCGUUUCCAAGAGAAGGAUUUCACUGUUGCCACCCCUGAAGAAUUUGUUCGACGUUUCCAAGGGACCAAGGCCAUUAACAAGGUGCUGAUAGCGAAUAAUGGCAUUGGAGCUGUGAAAUGUAUGCGUUCUAUACGAAGGUGGUCCUAUGAGAUGUUCAAGAAUGAGAGGGCUGUGCGCUUCGUUGUAAUGGUGACCCCCGAGGACCUGAAAGCGAAUGCUGAAUACAUUAAGAUGGCUGAUCAUUAUGUCCCCGUGCCCGGAGGCUCCAACAACAACAACUAUGCCAACGUCGAACUCAUAGUGGACAUCGCUGUGCGGACCCAAGUACAGGCCGUAUGGGCUGGUUGGGGUCAUGCUUCAGAGAAUCCCAAGCUUCCGGAACUGCUCCAUCGAGCUGGUGUAGUUUUCAUCGGACCGCCAGAGAAAGCGAUGUGGGCUCUCGGAGACAAGAUCGCCUCGUCCAUAGUGGCCCAGACAGCUGAUAUACCCACGCUAGCUUGGAGCGGAAGCGAACUUAAAGCGGAGUACAAUACAAAGAAGAUAAAGAUAUCAUCGGAACUGUUUGCUAGAGGCUGUGUGUCUACACCGGAGCAAGGACUCCAAGCUGCUAACAAGAUCGGUUUCCCCGUCAUGAUAAAGGCUUCUGAGGGUGGAGGAGGUAAAGGUAUCAGGAAGGUCGAGGUGCCUGAUGACUUCAGCAACAUGUUCAGACAGGUCCAAGCGGAAGUGCCAGGUUCUCCGAUAUUCGUGAUGAAGCUGGCGCGGUCAGCUAGACAUCUGGAAGUGCAGCUGUUGGCUGAUCAGUACGGUAACGCUAUAUCUCUGUUCGGGAGAGACUGUUCCAUCCAGCGACGGCAUCAGAAGAUCAUUGAGGAGGCACCAGCUGCCGUCGCCAAGCCGGAAGUGUUCAUUGAAAUGGAGAAGGCGGCUGUCCGUCUCGCUAAGAUGGUCGGCUACGUGAGUGCUGGCACCGUGGAGUAUCUAUAUGAGCCGAUAACGGGGGCUUACUACUUCCUGGAGCUGAACCCUCGCCUGCAGGUGGAACACCCCUGUACGGAGAUGGUAGCGGACGUCAACCUACCAGCCGCCCAACUACAGAUCGCCAUGGGUCUCCCAUUAUACCACAUCAAGGACAUCCGUCUCCUGUAUGGGGAGUCGCCCUGGGGUAUGACUCAGAUAGACUUCGACGAGCCCAAACAGAGACCCUCGCCCUGGGGACAUGUCAUCGCUGCCAGGAUCACCUCGGAGAAUCCUGAUGAAGGUUUCAAACCUUCCUCGGGUACGGUCCAAGAGCUCAACUUCCGGUCGUCAAAGAACGUGUGGGGCUAUUUCAGUGUGGCCGCAUCCGGGGGUUUGCACGAGUUUGCAGAUUCACAGUUCGGGCACUGCUUCUCCUUCGGGGAGACCAGGGAACAGGCUAGAGAGAACCUGGUGAUAGCUCUCAAGGAGCUCAGCAUCCGAGGAGAUUUCAGGACCACGGUCGAAUAUCUGAUCACAUUGUUGGAGACGCCCGCCUUCCAGGACAACAACAUUGAUACUAGCUGGCUGGACGCGCUCAUCGCGGAGAGGGUUCAGUCGGAGAAGCCGGACGUGAUGCUGGGCGUCAUCUGCGGGUCCAUCCUCAUCGCCGACAACCUCAUCACGGCACAUCUGCUGGAAUUUAAGAGCGCCCUGGAGAAGGGUCAGAUCCAGGGGUCGAGUCAGCUGUCGAACACUGUAGAAGUGGAGCUGAUACACUCCGGGCACAAGUACAAAGUUCAAGCAACUAAGUCUGGCCCCACCUCGUACUUCCUGGCUAUGAACGGCAGCUUCAAGGAGCUUGAGGUUCAUAAGCUAACUGACGGCGGUACCUUACUGUCAAUCGACGGAGCGUCAUACACGACGUAUUUAAAGGAGGAGGUUGACAAGUACAGGAUAGUGAUCGGCAACCAAACCGUGGUCUUCGAGAAGGAGAAGGAUCCGUCCAAGCUGAGAGCCCCCUCCGCUGGGAAGCUGGUCAACACGCUGGUUGAAGAUGGAGGGCAUGUGGACAAGGGUCAGCCUUACGCUGAGAUAGAGGUGAUGAAAAUGGUGAUGACCCUAUCAGCGCCAGAAUCGGGCAAGGUCUUCUGGAAUCUAAGACCUGGUGCUGUGCUGGAUAUGGGAGCGUUGAUGGGAACACUAGAGUUGGACGAUCCGUCGCUAGUGACCACAGCCCAGCCCUACAAGGGCCAGUUCCCUCACGAGGACAACCCCAACCUGACGGAGAAACUAAACCACGCCCACAACAAAUAUAGAUAUAUACUGGAGAACACACUCGCUGGUUACUGUCUGCCCGAGCCGUACAACACUCCUCGUCUCCGGGAGGUGGUGGAGAAAUUCAUGUCCAGUCUGAGAGACCCCUCGCUGCCCUUACUGGAGUUACAGGAGGUGUUAUCAUCAACGUCCGGUCGUAUCCCGGUCUCCGUGGAGAAGAAGGUCCGCAAGCUGAUGGCGCUCUACGAGAGCAACAUCACGAGUGUGCUGGCACAGUUCCCCAGCCAGCAGAUAGCCAGCGUCAUUGACCAUCACGCGGCGUCUCUCGCGAAGCGCGCUGACAGGGACGUGUUCUUCAUGAGCACGCAGGCCUUGGUGGUGCUAGUGCAGCGGUACAGGAACGGUAUCCGCGGUAGGAUGAAGGCGGCCGUUCAUGAUCUCUUGAAGCAGUACUACCAGGUCGAGAGCAACUUCCAACUGGGUUCGUACGACAAAUGUGUGAUGGCGCUGCGGGAUCGUUACAAGGACGACAUGCAGGCCGUGGCUAACAUCAUCUUCUCACACAACCAAGUGGCUAAGAAGAAUCUCCUGGUGACGAUGUUGAUAGACCAUCUGUGGUCUAAUGAACCAGGUCUCACCGAUGAACUGGCGGCCACCCUCAACGAACUGACCUCGUUACACCGAGCCGAACACAGUCGGGUAGCGCUGAGAGCCAGACAGGUGCUGAUCGCCGCCCACCAGCCCGCCUACGAGCUGCGGCACAAUCAAAUGGAGUCUAUCUUUUUGUCAGCGGUCGAUAUGUACGGACACGACUUCCAUCCGGAGAACCUUCAGAAGCUGAUCCUCUCGGAGACUUCGAUAUUCGACAUCCUUCACGAUUUCUUCUAUCACACGAACGCGGCGGUGUGCAACGCUGCGUUGGAGGUUUACGUCCGGCGCGCUUACACCUCGUACGACAUAACAUGCCUGCAGCAUCUGGCUUUGUCCGGGGAAUUGGGUGUGGUGCACUUCCAGUUCGUGCUCCCGACGGGACAUCCGAACAGGAUACCUAUCAGCCAGUCCGAAAUCGAGCUGGCAUCAGCCCAGGAUCAAGAAGGAGUUCCAGCGGAAUUAUCAACAGCUGCUAUGAGGAAAUGUCACCAUCGUACUGGAGCACUGGCUGCCUUCAAUUCCUUCGAACAGUUCGCGGAGUACGCUGAUGAGUUACUGGAUCUGGUACACGACUUCGCCAGUUCCGCCACUGUUAGACGUGAAGACCUCCAAGCGCUCCAGGAGGGAAGUGAGAACCGCGACAGCACCAGCAUCAACGUGGGACUGGAUCUCAAACCAAACAUUGAAGACGAAGUGGAGUUGGAGCCGAUCCACAUCCUCAUGAUCGGUAUCCGGGACAGCGGGGAGAGUGAUGACGUCACCGUGUCCCGGCGCUUCGGUCACUUCUGCAGGGUCCACAUGAGAGAGCUGCACCACAAACGUAUAAGGAGGAUCACAUUCAUGUUGCUCAUCAAGCGUCAGUUCCCCAAGUUCUUCACGUACCGCGCGAGGAAUGACUUCUCCGAGGACACUAUCUACCGACACUUGGAGCCGGCGUCCGCCUUCCAGCUGGAGCUGUACCGGAUGAGGAGCUACGAGCUGGAAGCGCUGCCGACCAGCAACCAGAAGAUGCAUCUGUACCUGGGCAAGGCCAAGGUGAAGAAAGGCCAGGAGGUGACGGAUUACCGCUUCUUCAUCAGAUCCAUCAUCAGGCACCAGGAUCUCAUCACCAAGGAAGCGUCCUUCGAGUACCUACAGAAUGAAGGGGAAAGGUCUCUGCUGGAAGCGAUGGAUGAACUGGAGGUGGCCUUCUCUCACCAGCUCGCCAAGAGAACGGACUGCAACCACAUCUUCCUUAACUUUGGCCCAACCGUCAUCAUGGAUAUUGCCAAGAUCGAGGAAUCAGUGCUGGGAAUGGUUAUGAGGUAUGGACCUCGUCUGUGGAAGCUAAGAGUACUGCAGGCGGAGAUAAGAUUCACUUUGAGAACAGGCCCCGGCGUGCCCACUAAGAACGUCCGUCUAUGUCUGUCCAACGGUUCCGGAUACUCCCUAGACGUGUACACAUACGAGGAAGUAGUCGACCCGAGGACGGGAGUGAUAAUAUUCCAGUCCUUCGGCCCCAAGCAAGGUCCAAUGCACGGUCUUCCAAUAUCGACGCCCUACGUCACCAAGGACUACCUGCAGCAGAAGAGGUUUUUGGCUACAUCCCAGGGCACUACAUACGUGUACGACAUCCCGGAUAUGUUCAGGCAGGUGGUAGAGGGGCAGUGGAGGGAGAGCAUCGAGGAGGGGGCUGUGGACGGUCCUAUGCCCGACACCGUGAUGGUGUCCUUGGAGCUGGUGGUGGAGACAGACGGUGAGAGACGCAUCAUGGAAGUCACCAGGCUACCUGGACAGAACACCGUCGGGAUGGUCGCGUGGCGGAUGACGCUCUACACUCCCGAAGUGCCGUCGGGUCGGGAUGUGGUGCUGAUAGCGAACGAUCUGACACAUUACAUGGGGUCGUUCGGACCCCAAGAGGACUGGGUCUAUUAUCGUGCAUCCGAAUACGCCAGGGAACACAAGAUACCCCGGUUGUACGUGAGCGUCAACUCCGGUGCCCGCAUCGGCGUUGCUGAAGAAGUGAAAUCAGAAUUCAAAGUGGCCUGGCUAGAUUCAGAGCGGCCCGAGAGGGGCUUUAAGUAUCUGUACCUCAGCCCUGAGGCGUAUUCCCGUCUGGGGGCAUUGAACUCCGUGAAGACCGAAUUGAUCGAUGACGAAGGAGAGUCCAGAUACAAGAUAACCGAUAUCAUAGGCAAGGAGGACGGUCUGGGAGUGGAGUGUCUCCGGGACGCCGGUCUCAUAGCGGGGGAAACGGCCCAGGCUUACGAGGACAUCGUCACCAUCUCUAUAGUCACGUGCAGGGCUAUCGGAAUAGGGUCCUACGUUGUGAGAUUGGGUCACCGCGUCAUUCAAGUGGAUUCCUCGUACAUCAUCCUGACGGGCUACAUGGCGCUGAACAAGGUCCUCGGCCGCUCCGUGUACGCGUCUAACAACCAACUAGGCGGUGUACAGAUCAUGCAUAACAACGGAGUGACACACGCAGUGGCGCCCUCCGACCUGGAGGCCGUGCGGACGGCGCUCAGGUGGCUGGCGUAUGUACCUAAGGACAAAUUAAGUAUGGUGCCGAUAAUAAGGAGCGUGGACCCCAUAGACCGGCCGGUGGAGUGGGUCCCUCCCCGAGCGGCGCACGACCCUCGCCUCAUGCUGACGGGAGACGGCAUCCGGGCCGGCUUCCUCGACAACGGCUCCUUCGACGAGAUCAUGAAGCCCUGGGCACAAACUGUUGUUACAGGUCGUGGUCGCCUGGGCGGUAUCCCCGUGGGCAUCAUCGCCGUGGAGACGAGGACUGUGGAGCUGACGCUGCCCGCCGACCCCGCCAACUACGACUCUGAGGCCAAGACUGUGCAACAGGCCGGGCAGGUGUGGUUCCCCGACUCCGCCUACAAGACCUCUCAAGCGAUAAACGACUUCUCCAGAGAGAAUCUCCCCAUCAUCAUAUUCGCCAAUUGGAGAGGUUUCAGCGGAGGUCAGAAAGACAUGUACGAGCAGAUCUUGAAGUUCGGCGCCGAGAUAGUCCGGGCCUUACGCGGGGCCACCGCUCCCGUGCUGGUGUACAUACCGCCCGGGGCCGAGCUCCGCGGCGGGGCCUGGGCCGUCGUGGACCCCAGCGUCAACAACCUCAGGAUGGAGAUGUACGCCGACAACGAGGCACGCGGCGGCGUGUUGGAGGCGGAGGGGAUCGUUGAGGUGAAGUUCAAACAACGAGACAUACUCAAGACCAUGAACAGGCUGGACUCCAACCUACUCAGACUCAACUCCAGAGUUAGUGAAAUUAAGGAACAAAUCAAAGAAAUCUCAAAGAACCUGGACAGGCGGGGAUCCAUAGACGACGUGUUGAUAAAGACCGAGACCGGCAAACAAGCGGAAGCGAAAAUACACGAAUUGGAAGCAGAAUUAGGCACCGCUGAGAAAUCUAUAAAGGCCAGGGAGAAGGAAUUGAGUCCGAUAUACCAUGAGAUAGCGGUUCAGUUUGCUGAGCUCCACGACACAGCUGAGAGGAUGUUAGAGAAGGGUUGUAUAUUUGAUAUAAUACCCUGGCGCGAGUCCCGUCAGUUGUUGCACUGGAGGCUUCGAAGGUUGUUGCUGCAGAACGAACAGGAGAGGAGAGUGCAGGCAGCGACCCGACCAGCCAGGAUGGACCAGAGGGCUGCAGCGGCCACACUGAGGAGGUGGUUCACAGAAGACCGGGGAGAGACACAGUCACACCAGUGGGAGAAUGACAACCAAGCGGUCUGUAGCUGGCUGGAGAACCAGGUGAAGGACAACGAGUCCGUGCUGGAGAGGAACCUCAGAGCUAUCACAGAGGAUGCAGCGCUACAGGCCUGUAACGAGCUAGUCAGGAAACUAAGUCCAUCACAGCGGGCAGAGUUCAUCAGAAAGAUCACAGCAUUGGACAUGGAGACGGAGUACAACAACUAGAUGAAGGAAACAAUUGGAAAUAUUUACAGCAUAGAGUAAUAUGCUCUGGGAGAGUUUGU